GAACGUGGUGGGCGUUUAAGAAAGGUCCCCGGAUGCAGUUGUGAUUGACUGUACACUGCUAAAAAGUUUCGCUCUCGUCGAGAGGUGCGUCUGCAGCCCGUGUGGUAGGUCGGUGUUAGGAAGGCAGCAGGACAGGAGACAGAAUGCAGAACGUAAAGUGUGUAGUGGUGGGGGACGGUGCCGUGGGUAAAACAUGCCUCCUCAUCUCCUACACCACCAACGCUUUCCCUGAGGAGUACAUCCCCACCGUGUUCGACAACUACAGCGCCCAGAUGACGGUUGAUGGCCGCAUCAUCAGCCUCAACCUGUGGGACACAGCCGGACAAGAGGAGUACGACCGCCUCCGCACUCUGUCCUACCCCCAAUCCAACGUCUUCGUCAUCUGUUUCUCCAUCGGGAGUCCUUCCUCCCACGCCAACGUCCGCCACAAGUGGCACCCGGAAGUGUCUCACCACUGCCCCAGCGUGCCCAUCCUCCUAGUGGGGACCAAGAGGGACCUGAGGAGUGAUGGGGACACGGUGAAGAAGCUGAAGGAGCAGGGUUUAGCUCCCACCACACAGCAACAGGGGAACAGCAUGGCUAAGCAGAUAGGAGCGGUGAAGUACAUGGAAUGCUCUGCUCUGACGCAGGAAGGGGUCAGGGAAGUGUUCAGUGAGUCAGUACGGGCCGUGUUGUAUCCCGUUACCAAAAAGAAUGCCAAAAAGUGUGUACUGUUGUAAUGGAGGGACACAGAUGGGGAGAAGGAGGGAGAGACAAUGACGGUGCAAGGUUGAGUUUGUUGGAGGAGAUGGACUCAGCCCCCAGGCCUCUCUGCCCCCUCUGCCUCUCUGCCCCCUCUGCCUCUCUGGCCCCCUCUGCCUCUCGGCCCCCUCUGCCUCUCUGGCCCCCUCUGCCUCUCU